UCAAUCAUUUUAUGAUGACAAACAACCUAAAUACAAAAACAAAAUAGAAAAAAUGGAAUGAAAAUUUUUAGAUAACAAUUUCGCCGUUAAAAUCAAUCAAUGCGUAUUUUUCAAGUGAUUACUAGUGCUCUUUUGUUGCGAGCGGCUAACGUGUGGAGCACAGAAAUGUCGGUCGGUGGUAAGAAAUGCAGCAGCGGUCGCAUCAGAUACCUCACCCAGACAGAGGCGGCUGCUUUGGAUGAGGAGUUAUUUAAUGAAUACAAGUUUAGUGUCGAUCAGCUGAUGGAGCUGGCCGGCUUGAGCGUCGCAGCUGCAGUGGCUCAGAGUUAUCCUCCUCAUACCCACCCAUCAGCAUUAAUAGUGUGCGGUCCUGGCAACAAUGGUGGAGAUGGGCUUGUUGCUGCCCGCCACAUGAUGUUAUUUGGAUACAAUGUAGCUGUGUACUACCCAAAGAGAACUCCUAAACCUCUGUAUGAGAACCUUCUAGAACAGUGUGUCAAAUUUGGGGUGGAAGUAGUCACAAAGUUGCCCCCUUCAAAAGAUUUAAAGAAUCAUUAUAAGGUGAUGGUGGAUGCAUUGUUUGGAUUCAGCUUUAAGCCGCCAGUGAGAGAUGAAUUGAAGCCAGCAUUAGAUGCUCUGAUCGAUGGGGAACUACCAGUUUGCAGUGUGGACAUCCCAAGCGGUUGGCAUGUGGAAAGUGGUCCAGUCUCAGCAAGGUCCCUCAAGCCAGCUUUGCUCAUAUCACUGUCGGCUCCCAAGCUCUGUGCCCGGCCCAACAUCCUCAAUGACACCAAACACUUCCUUGGUGGAAGGUUCCUGCCCCCCGAAAUAAUCAAGAAAUACAACUUGACUUUGCCAAAUUAUCCUAAUCAGGAACAAGUUGUUCAGUUAUCAUGUUAAAAAUAGGUACUCUAUGGCCAUUAAAUUUUGUAAUGUACCAAUUACGGAAACAUUCAGUUUAUUUAAAUGUUACUUCGAUUUUAGUUAAUAAGAAAUAUAUUUUUUUAUUUGGGUUGAA